GAGGGGGAACGGGGCUAGGGCUCUAUCGGAACUGCCUCCCCAAGACCACCAAUUUUGUCCGGGUGUAGAGGACUAGAGCUUGGGGAAACGUGCCUCCCCGAAAGCCUGCUGACUACACCAACUGUCAGCUCCGUGGCCUUGGAAGGGGUCCCACUCGAAUUUCGGGAGGUGAAAGAAGACGCGAGUAGGAGAAGGGGUUCGUCGUCGCUACAGGCAUUGGGGAAGAGGGGAAGCAGCUUCCUCACCUCGUCCCAGGCAUAUGAUUUAUUGCGUUAUUGACAACGGUGGCAGCGUGCCAAAGCGUAAAGUUACAAAAAUAAAUAACACAUGAAAACUAUUUUGUCAUGGAAAAACGCAAGACAUUUUUACAAGCUGUGUCUAAGGAAUUUAUUCAAGACUUUUUGCAAUUUGUUCAACUUGAUAAAGAUGUCUUUGACCCUUUCAACUUAAAUGAAUUAUUAGAGGAGUUACCAAGGAAACAGAAAGAAGAAUUAUGGGAAAGGCUAAAGAAUUUAUUAACAGAUGUGCUACUAGAGACCCCAGUGGAUGAAUGGCAAAGACAUGAAAUAGAGUGUGAAGAUCGUAUGGAAAUAGAAAAUGGGCCAAACAUGAAACAAACCUUUAAAAUCAUCUAUGCAGUUACACAUGUGAUUAUUAUUUCAUUAUCUGUAAUAAAUGAAAAUGAAAACUACAAAGCCCUGCUAGAGUGUGCAGUCAUAUUAAAUGGUAUUAUACAUGCCCUGCCAGAAUCUGAAAGAAAUUUACAGAAUUCCAUAUAUCACCUAUGUGUGACUUGGUGGGAAAAAGGCCUAGAGGCCAAAGAAGAUAUGGGGAAAACCGCUUUUAUAAUGCUAUUAAAAAAGAGUCUUAAUACUAAAACAGGUGCAGACAUUUGUCGACUUUGGAAUAUUCAUCAGGCCUUACUUUGCUUUGAUUAUAAUUUGGAGGAAAGUAAUGAAAUUAAAGAUAUGCUGCUUCAAUGCUUCAUGAAUGUUAAUUGUAUCAAGACAGAAAAGGGAAGAAGAUUUCUCAGCUUUUUAUUCAGCUGGAAUAUAAACUUCAUUAAACUGAUCCAUGAGAUCAUUAAAAAGCAAUUGCAAGUUUUACAAAAAUCUCUGAUGGAUCAUGUUGCUGAAAUUUAUUUCAGAGCUUGGAAGAAGGCUUCAGGGAAAAUGUUGGAGGUAAUUGAAGAUAGUUGUAUUCAGGAUUUCAUGCAUCAUGGAAUUCAUCUUCCAAGGAGUUCUCCAGUACAUUCCAAAGUACGAGAGGUGCUAAGAUAUUUUCAUGAUCAAAAAAAAAAUCGUCAAGGAGUAGAAGAAAUGUUACAUAGGUUGUAUAAACCCAUUCUUUGGAGAGGAUUAAAGGCCAGAAAUCCUGAAGUUCGAUCAAAUGCAGCAUUGUUAUUUGUUGAAGCAUUUCCUGUUAGAGAUCCUAACCUUAAUAAUGUAGACAUGGAUAAUGAAAUUCAGAAGCAGUUUGAAGAACUCUAUAGUCUUUUGGAAGAUCCAUAUCCAUUAGUCCGUUCAACAGGAAUUCUUGGUGUUUGUAAAAUUACUUCCAAAUACUGGGAAAUGAUGCCUCCAGUGAUACUUACUGACCUUCUAAGGAAAGUAAUUGGAGAUCUAGCUUUUGAUACAAGUUCAGCUGAUGUUCGCUGUUCUGUUUUUAAGUGUUUGCCAAUACUUUUGGAUAAUAGACUAAGCCACCCCUUACUAGAACAGUUUCUGCCAACUCUAAAAUACUGUCUCCAUGACAAUUCUGAAAAAGUGAGAGUAGCUUUUGUUGAUCUUCUGCUGAAAAUUAAAGCUGUGAGAGCUGCAAAGUUUUGGAAGAUAUGCAGUAUGGAACAUCUUCUGACCCGUUUGGAAAUUGAUUCACGCCCUGUAUCUCAGCGCCUUGUUCACCUUCUCUUUAAUUCUUUCUUGCCUGUUAAUCAACCAGAGGAUGUGUGGUGUGAACGCUGUGUUACAUUAAUACAGAUGAAUCCUGCUGCAGCCAGAAAGUUUUAUAAGUAUGCUCAUGAACACACUGCUGCCACAAACAUAGCAAAGUUAAUUCACGUUAUUCGUCACUGCUUAAGUGCCUGUAUCCAGAAGGCAGUAAAAGAAUAUCAGGAAGAGGAUGAAGAAAUGGAAAAAGAGAACAUAACUGUGAUGGAGAAUACAUUGUCGAUAAAUGACAUACCUUCUAUGGCAGGUUUAUUGGAAGUCAUUGUAAUUUUAUGGCAAAGCAUUUGUAAAACUUUGGAACAUAAUGAAGAAGCAAAAACUUAUACCAUCACCAAAUUUGCUUCUGUCCUUCCAGAGUACCUUAAGCACUUUACAGAUGAUCGUUGCAAGAUUCCAUUAUUUAUGUUACUGUCUUUUAUGCCAGCAUCAGCAGUACCCCCAUUCAGCUGUGGUGUGAUCUCUGUAUUGAGGAAUCAAGAAGAGGGAUCUACAGAAAACAAGUGUCACACCCUAAUAGAUUGUCUUUGUUCUUGGGGACAAGUAGGACAUAUCUUUGAACUUAUUUGUGAUUGGUUGCCAGAUGGAGAGGCCAAAAAGAAAAAUAAGUCAACUUCUAAACGCCAAGUACGAAUUCAAGAUACGCGUCAGGCAAAACCUGAAUUGGCAUUGGAUUAUCUGGAGUACUUAUUGCUUCAUAAUAAGAAUAGAGAUUUUCUGUUGUCUCUCCCAGAAAAGAGACUAAACAGUCUUUUGAAAGCACUUGAAACUUCAAAGAAAGAUAUUGUAUCAGUUAUACAGUCAUCUGAUAUAAAGUCGCCAAACUUCAAUCAAGCAACUGCUGUACGAGCCUUUACUAUUUAUUGUCGAUUAUGUAUUCAUCUCCACGCCAAGUUUUGCUCAGAAGAAAAGAUUUAUCUGUCUCUUUUGGAAGAAACUGGAUUUUGGAUAGAAAACCAAGUACUACCUAUUAUUCAUCAACAAGAAGAACAUUUGAAAUCCUGUAGAGAGAUUUGUCAGAAAACUAUUCAGGCCUAUGUCACAGUGUGUAAAGAUGCUGUAAUGAUUGGCUUUGGAGAUUCUAAGUUUCACGUGCAGUUUUUAAAAAUAACUCUUGGAAUUUUGCAAACAGAGAAAGGGUAUUUUUGUAUUCCACUACUCCUUUGUAUUCUCAAAGAGAUGACAUCAAGUUCUUUAAUUCAGAUAUAUAAUUCAAAAGAAGAAGUUGAAACUUUUUUUGACUUGAUUCAGAAAGUGUUCCAGAAAAUGUUGGAAUGUGUUGCAUACAAUUUCAAAAAGCAAGAAGAAGAAGGCCUAGAGUUACUCAAUUCUAUUCAAGUGCCUCUUGAUGAAUUUAUAAGUGCUGUCCAGUCUUGGCAUAUGAAUACAUCAGUACACCAAGGAGUCCUUUCUACUCUCUUAGCUGCAAUAGUCGUUGAAAUAAGUCACAAAUUACGAAAGACUUCAGAUACAGAAGAAUUUGUAAUACCCAAGUGCCUUUCUGAUCUUCCACCAUUCUCAAGGUGUUUAAUGGGAGUCAUAAUGAAGUCUUUAAAUGUAAUCAGAUCAUUCUUAGAAGAAUUGACAAUAUGUAUAGCUUCUGAAGAAAUUGAAGGCAUUGUUUGCCUCACAGCAGUUGUAUGUAUGAUUGUGAUUAUUAGUAAAGGUAAACAUAAAGAUCUGAAGGUUAAGGAUGCUGCUGCCACUAUUCAAAGAAUACUGAACAAAUACAUGGAAAUUACCUUGGAAGAAGAUAGCAUUGAAAGAUCUCUUUAUGAAUCUUCUGUUAGAACUUUGGAUGAACUUUUGAAGGUAUAAACGAGGAAUCAUCUGUCCUGUGUAAAAAGGAAGAAAAAGCAUUGAUUUUAGAAAAUAUUUUAAACAUAUAAUGUAUAUAUUGUAUUUACAUUUUCAAGAAUCUGUACCAUGUGGGGAGGCAGAAAAUUGAUGUUUUAUCUUGCAAUUGAUAUUAAAGUAUCUUUAGUAAAUUUG